GUUAGUGGUUUGAGUCCGCCUGCAGUUUCGUUUGUUGUCUGCCUGUCAACACAGCGUGUAAACACUUGCACUCCCACGGCUCCAGCCGAGCUGACGGAGAUGCGUUUUAAUCAUUGAUAGCGGCGAGCAGGGGGGAGUUGAAGCCCCGAGAGCCCGCAGUGAGGAGGGCAGUGCCGGCGGGGGCUGGUGCGGCUCCUGUGAGCGGGGACCGCGGAGGAGAGGCAGUGAUCACCGGCCAUGGCGGCGGCGGCCACCGCCGUGGAGGCUGACGCGGCGGCGGGCGACGCCGCUGCGGCUCAUGCCGGCGUGCAGAGCCGGGACUGGGACGACUCCCAGCUGCGACAGUACAGCUUCCCCACCAGGCCCAUCCCCAGGCUGUCCCACACCGACCCCCGGGCGGAGAUGCUCAUCAACAACGAGGAACCAGUGGUUUUAACAGACACAAACCUCGUAUAUCCGGCUCUCAAAUGGGAUAUCCCGUACCUCCUGGAGAACAUUGGAAAUGGAGACUUCUCUGUUUACAUGUCAGAAAACCACAAAUUCCUCUACUAUGAUGAGAAGAAAAUGUCACACUUUGAGAACUUUGUCCCCAAGUCUCAACGAAUGGAAAUGAAAUUCUCUGAAUUUGUGGAUAAAAUGCACAAAACAGAAGAAAUGGGAGGAGAGGAGAGAGUCUACCUACAGCAGACCCUCAAUGACACAGUAGGAAAGAAGAUUGUCGUGGACUUUCUUGGUUUUAACUGGAACUGGAUCAACAAGCAGCAAGCCAAGAGGAACUGGGGACAGCUGACAUCCAACCUGCUGCUCGUAGGCAUGGAGGGCAAUGUGACGCCAGCACAUUAUGAUGAGCAGCAGAACUUCUUUGCACAAAUCAAAGGCCAUAAGAGAUGCAUCCUCUUCCCUCCAGACCAGUUUGAGUGUCUCUACCCGUAUCCUGUCCACCACCCAUGCGAUAGACAGAGCCAGGUUAAUUUUGAUAACCCCGACUUUGAGAAGUUUCCACAAUUUAAAAAUGUUGUUGGCUAUGAAGCUGUUGUGGGCCCUGGAGAUGUGCUCUACAUCCCAAUGUAUUGGUGGCAUCACAUUGAAUCACUGUUGAGUGGCGGGGUGACGAUCACAGUAAACUUCUGGUACAAAGGAGCUCCCACGCCGAAGAGGAUAGAAUACCCACUGCGAGCACAUCAGAAAGUUGCCAUCAUGAGGAAUAUCGAGAAGAUGCUGGGAGAAGCACUCGGAAAUCCGCAUGAGGUCGGACCUUUGCUGAAAACGAUGAUCAAGGGGAGAUAUGACCAGGAUCUGAGUUAGAGCUCCACUCUUGGAGGAUGGACUCCUUCAGAAACUGUUCGCAUGUGAAAGUGACACUGCUCUGUGUGUGUGUGUGUGUGUGUGUGUGUGUGUGUGUGUGUGUGUGUGUGUGUGUGUUGGUGUGAGUGGGUGAGUGUGUUAAUGGACAUUAUGGGAAGCGAAGAGUGACUGCAUGGCAAUGAGCAGCCACGCUGAACCCAUUGUGCUUCGGUGUCGUCUUUGCAGAAUACUACAAAGAAGUAUCUGAGUAUAACUCAUGGGAUUUCGACAUACUUGAAGAAGUUUUUCUUUUGUAUUGUAGGAGAAGAACCGAAUAUGUAUUUAUGUCAAUCAGUGUUCUCUCAACAGUCAUUGAGUUAAAAGGUCGUGGCCUCAUUGUGACUUGUCUGAGAUCGGUACCUUUGUGGCAGUCUCAAUGUUUUCACCACUAAUGGAUGAGUCAAGGGGUAUUAUACUAUAUAUGUUUUAUUCAUAUAUACGAUGUAGAGAGGGCAUCAAGUAAAUACAGUCCAAAUUCAAGUUGUGAACUGAUUUCGAAUAAUCUUAUUGUAUUCUCCAUGACUAUCACAUGGACAGAUUUACAACUGAGUGUUUUUGGGAAUAUUCAGACAUCUAAAGAGAUGGGUUUAGGCAAUUAUCAGCAGGAUCUGCCUUACUUAAAGACAUUAAAACCCCGCUAGUACAGUUAUUAAAAACUGCAAUGAAAUUAGUUUGAAAAGAUAUACGGAUGUAUAAAAAAACAAAAAAAGGGGGGGGGUUCACAGUGAACUGAAGGAAUGUGUGACUGCAGCUUCUUUUUUGUAGUGAUAGUUUGUUUUUAGGAAAACUCUUGCUGGUUUGAUAUGUAUUUCAAGGGCUUCUUUUGAUGUGCUGUUAAGCAUACCAAUAACCAGGCAAGUAGUUUUAGUUUCAAAUACAGGUAAGAAUCUCAAAAACAAAAAAAAAUACACUUAAUUUUUGGGUAGAAGCUUCACACGGUAAUCCCAGCAGCUGUUUCCAAGCGAAAGAACUAUUGGGACUGAUGAGUGUAAAAGUGAUUUAAGUAAGUAACAUGCAUAUAUUAUAAAUUUGCAAAAUACUAGUAGCUGAUUGAAGUGGCAGGACCAUCUGCUAAAACAAGGCUUUGCAACUGCAAUUGCAUUAUAGUAUAAAGCACCACCUAGUGGAUGCAUGUCAGGUUUGGGUGUCCAUGCAGGACUCUGGACGAUUCAGUGUUUUCAUGCAGCAGAUUAGGGAGGGAGGGGGGAAGACUACGAUGUCUAAUUCCUGUUGAAAAUCUCCAUUAAUAUUAGCAGUAGAUUAAUGAUCCUCUGGAAUGCACUUAUUUUUUUUUUUCCCAUCAAGCCUCUGUAAAGAUCUAUAUCACACAAUUUUAAAGGAUAAAAUAUUGUGAUGCAUGUGCCAAACCAACAUUCAAAACAAUAUAUGGGAAUCUUUACGUCACAUUUUUGUCUGACGCUGGUUGACUAGAGGUGAGCGCCUAUCAAAGUUUACCCUUUGUAAUUGCUGAUAAUAUGCAUAUUUAUUUCUGAUAAACUGCACAAUUAUCAAAGGAAGAGUGUUAACCCAUGUGUUAUGCACAUUUUAUUGGACAGAAGACUGAUGUUUCACCUCUUAUUGAAUUUCUAGGUUAAUUGUUUACUGUAUGUGCCUUCCUAAUAUUGGCAUGGCAAUAAAUGUAAGAAAUUUGAUUUUUAGUUAGUCCUUUUUUAUGGUAAGCACGCUUGCUUUCAUUCUGGCAUUAAAUGGCUUCAAAGGUGAGAUUGAAAUAAGCUCUUACGAACAUGUUUUUAAUGAUUGGUGCCUGUUUUUGUUUGUUUUUGAACAUGUGGUUUCCUUAUCCCUGAUUAAAGUUUGAGAUUGAGUGAAAGGUUUUAACAUAAAA